UGGCCAGGGUGCCGCCAUGACGGCGGAAGUGAUGGCGGAAGUAGCACCGUUGUCAGGCAGCCGUUGCCAGGCGCCGCGCUGCAUGUCUCGCGCUGGGCGCGCGGACGCUAAGGCGGGAAGCUCGAGCGGCGCCAUGGCCCGAGCGUGGCAGCACCCGUUCCUUAACGUCUUCAGACACUUCCGGGUGGACGAGUGGAAGCGCUCCGCCAAGCAGGGGGACGUGGCCGUGGUGACGGACAAGACCCUGAAGGGCGCCGUGUAUCGCAUUCGGGGCUCAGUCUCUGCCGCCAACUACAUCCAGCUGCCUAAGAACAGCACCCAGUCCCUGGGGCUGACCGGGCGGUACCUGUAUGUGCUCUUUCGGCCCCUGCCCAACAAGCACUUCGUCAUCCACUUGGAUGUGUCCACCGAGGACAACCAGGUCAUCCGUGUGUCUUUCUCCAACCUCUUCAAGGAGUUUAAAUCUACGGCCACGCGGCUCCAGUUUCCCUUCGUCCUGGAGGCCAGGACACCCCAGAGAGAUCUGGUGGGUUUGGUCCCCCAUGGAGCCCGCUGGACCUUCCUGCAGCUCGACCUGCAGGACAUUCUCCUGGUUCACCUGAACCGUCGCUACGGCCAUCUCAAGAGUGUCAGGCUGUGCGCCAGCCUGCUGGUCAGGAACCUUUACACCAGCGACCUGUGCUUUGAGCCUGCCAUCUCUGGGGCCCCGUGGGCAAAGCUGCCCGUCACUUCUAUGCCUCGGGAAAUGGCUUUCCCUGUGCCCAAGGGCGAGAGCUGGCAUGACCGCUACGUCCAUGUCCGGUUUCCAAGCGACAGCUUGAAAGUGCCUUCCAAGCCGAUUGAGAAGAGCGGUUCACCUCCUGAGUCCUCCUGGGGCCGGGGCCACGCCCUCUGCCUUGCCCAGUGGCCUGCAGCAAACCUGUGCGAUUCAGUGUGUCUCCAGUGGUCCAGACACCCCGCCCCACAGCCCCAGGCCCCCUUGGCACCCAGGCCCUUCCCAGAGGUCAGCCUGUCCCAAGAGUGCUCAGAGGCCUCCAACGCGGAUGGCCCCGGUUUCCAUAGCCUUGAGCCCUGGGCCCGGGUGAAGGCCUCUGACGUCCACACAGCUGCUGCCGGCCCCCACGUGUUGACUCACGAGUCGACUGAGGUGCCUGUGGCCCUGGAGGACGCCGGCUCCUGCAAGCGCUUCCUCCCGGACCCUAUCCUGAGGCUCAAGGGCGUCAUCGGCUUUGGGGGCCACAGCACCAGACAGGCCCUGUGGACCCCAGACGGGACGGCUGUUGUAUACCCCUGCCAUGCGGUCAUCGUCGUCCUGCUCGUGGACACGGGGGAGCAGCGCUUCUUCCUCGGCCACACAGACAAGGUGUCCGCCCUGGCGCUGGAUGGCAGCGGCUCACUAUUGGCCUCGGCCCAGGCAAGGACCCCCAGUGUGAUACGGCUCUGGGACUUCCAGACCGGGCGGUGCCUGUGCGUGUUCCAGAGCCCAGUGCAUGUCGUCUGCUCCCUCAGCUUCUCUGACAGCGGAGCCCUUCUCUGCGGGGUUGGCAAGGACCGCCACGGGAGGACGAUGGUGGUGGCCUGGGGCACCGGCCAGGUGGGCCUCGGUGGUGAGGUGGUUGUUCUGGCAAAGGCGCACACUGAUUUUGACGUCCAGGCCUUCCGGGUCACCUUUUUUGAUGAAACCAGGAUGGCGUCGUGUGGGCAGGGCAGCGUGCGGCUCUGGCGGCUCCGUGGCGGGGCACUGCGUUCCUGCCCCGUAGACCUGGGGGAGCACCACGUGCUGCAGUUCACCGACCUCGCCUUUAAGCAGGCCCAGGACGGCUGCCCGAAGCCCUCGGCUGCCAUGCUCUUCGUGUGCAGCCGCAGCGGCCACAUCUUGGAGAUCGACUGUCAGUGCAUGGUCGUGCGGCAUGCCCGCCGCCUGCUCCCCACACAGACUCCGGGCGGCCCCCACCCGCAGAAGCAGACCUUCAGCACAGGGCCCGGCAUUGCCAUCAGCAGCCUCAGCCUCUCCCCGGCCAUGUGUGCUGUGGGUUCUGCGGACGGCUACUUGCGGCUCUGGCCCCUGGACUUUUCCUCGGUGCUCCUGGAGGCAGAGCACGAGGGCCCCGUCAGCUCAGUCUGUGUCAGCCCCGACGGCCUCCGUGUGCUGUCCGCCACCUCCUCGGGCCACCUGGGCUUCCUGGACACGCCGUCCCGGGUAUACCACAUGCUGGCUCGCUCCCACACCGCCCCAGUGCUGGCCCUCGCCACGGAGCAGAGGCGGGGACAGCUGGCCACCGUGUCCCAGGACCGCACUGUCCGCAUCUGGGACCUGGCCACCCUGCAGCAGCUGUACGACUUCACAUCAUUAGAGGAGGCCCCGUGCACCGUCACCUUCCACCCCACAAGGCCAAUCUUUUUCUGCGGCUUUAGCAGUGGGGCUGUGCGCUCCUUCAGCCUGGAGGCCGCUGAGGUCCUGGUGGAACACACGUGCCACCAAGGAGCCAUCACCGGCCUGACCGCCACCCCUGAUGGCCGCCUGCUCUUCAGCUCCUGCUCCCGGGGCUCCCUGGCCCAGUACAACUGUGCAGACCCCCAGUGGCACGUCCUCCGAGUGGCAGCGGACAUGGUAUGGCCGGAUGCCCCUGCGACCCCCAGCACUCUGGCAGUCAGCAGGGAUGGCCGCCUGCUGGCCUUCGUGGGACCCUCCAGGCACACAGUGACAGUCAUGGGCUCGGCCUCCCUGGACGAGCUGCUGCGAGUCGACAUCGGCACUCUGGACCUGGCCAGCGGCCGCCUGGACUCAGCCAUGGCUGUGUGCUUUGGCCCUGCAGCCCUGGGCCACCUGCUGGUGUCCACCUCGUCCAACAGAGUCGUGGUGCUGGAUGCUGCGUCAGGCCGCAUCAUCCGGGAGCUGCCCGGUGUCCACCCUGAGCCCUGCUCCUCCUUGAUGCUCAGUGAGGAUACCCGCUUCCUGCUGAUGGCCGCUGGCCGGGCGGUCAAGGUGUGGGACUACAGGACACAGGCCAGCCCAGGCCCCCAGGUGUACAUCGGCCACUCGGAGCCUGUGCAGGCUGUGACCUUCUCUCCUGACCAGCAGCAGGUCCUCAGCGCAGGGGAUGCCGUCUUUCUCUGGGAUAUUCUGGCCACUACUGAGAGCAACCAAAGCUUCCCUGGGCCCUCCCCAGCCUGCGAGGCAGGCCUGGGCACAGGACAGCUAGAGGAUGCUGCGUCCAGGGCCAGCGAGCUCCCCCGGCAGCAGGUCCCCAAGCCAUCUCAGGCAUCUCCACCACGGCAAGGCAUUUGUGCCAGGCCUCCCGAAGGUGGCGAUGGCACCUUCACCACGUCGGAUGAGGAAGGACCCUGUGAGGAGAGCCGUGACCCCGAGGGGUCACUGCUCACGGAGAAGGAGGCCGGCAGGGCUGGAGACGGGGCCUGGGCUGCGGCAGUGGGCUCCUGGGGGCUUGCCCUAUCUCCCCGUUCCCCCAGCCAACCCUGUGAGCAGUGGAGGGCAGGGCAGGGACGCUGGUGCCGGUGCAGGGACCUGAGGGCGGUUGGCACCAGCGACACCAAGAAUUCGGGGGCCCCAUGCACCACCUGCCCGACUUCCCACAAGGCCUUCACACCUGCCAGGGCCAGCCGCGGCCCCCACUCUGCCAAGGUGAUGCUCUGGCCUUCGGGCACCUGUCUCCUGAAGGCACCUUCAUCCCGCACCCCCGCCCCUGCCCUCCGCCGGCCUCCAGACGGGACCCUGUGGUGGCCUCCUGCUGACCCGCCUUCCCCUCUCAUCCAGCAGGUGCCCUUGAGAGCCCCACGGGCCUGUGUCCCUCCUGGCCCCGGCACACCGAGUGCCCACACCUCCCACCCCUGCUUCCCCAUCUAUGCCCCUGGGUGCCCUCUGCAGCUGGCCUGGGUAUGCCCCAAAGCAGCCUCCCAUGUGCAGGCUUUGGGGCCCAGGUGGCCAUGCUGGGCCCCAGCAGCAUCCAGGUCUCCUUCCUUGCAGGGCACUUCCCUGCCUCCCGCCAGCAGUGAGUGGCUGCGUCUGAAGGCUGUCGUUGGCUACAGCGGGAAUGGGCGGGCCAACAUGGUCUGGAGACCGGACACAGGCCCCGCCCCUGCGCGGCCCCGUCCCCAGGCCCCGCCCUCUCUCCGCACAGGCUUCUUUGCCUACACUUGCGGCCGCCUGGUGGUGGUGGAAGACCUGCACUCUGGCGCCCAGCAGCACUGGCCCGGCCACCCUGCGGAGAUCUCCACGCUGGCCCUCAGCCACAGUGCCCAGGUCUUGGCCUCUGCCUCGGGCCGCAGCAGCACGACUGACCAUUGUCAGAUCCGCGUCUGGGAUGUGUCUGGUGGCCUCUGCCAGCAUCUCAUUUCCCACCAUAGCACCACUGUGCUGGCCCUGGCCUUCUCACCAGAUGACAGGCUUCUCGUCACAUUGGGGGACCACGAUGGCCGUACCCUCGCCCUGUGGGACACGGCCACCUAUGACCUUGUGUCCUCCACCCGCCUCCCGGAGCCGGUGCAUGGCGUGGCCUUCAACCCCUGGGACGCCGGCGAGCUCACCUGUGUGGGCCAGGGCACUGUCACCUUCUGGCUCCUGCAGCAAUGUGGGGCAGACAUCAGCCUUCAGGUGCAUCGAGAGCAGGUCCCAGAGACAGUGGGGGCUGGAGAGCUGACCUCACUGUGCUAUGGGGCACCCCCCCUGCUUUAUUGUGGCACCAGCUCCGGCCAGGUCUGUGUCUGGGACACGUGUGCUGGCCACUGCUUCCUGUCCUGGGAGGCAGACGAUGGUGGCAUUGGGCUGUUGCUGUGUUCGAGCUCUCGAUUGGUCAGCGGUAGCAGCACAGGGCGGCUUCGCCUGUGGGCUGUGGGGCCUGUGUCGGAGCUGAGGUGCAAGGGCUCGGGUGCCAGGUCCAGUUCUGUGUUCAUGGAACGCGAGCUGGUGCUGGACGGGGCUGUGGUGAGCGCCAGCUUCGAUGACAGCGUGGACAUGGGCGUCGUGGGCACCAGAACGGGCACGCUCUGGUUCAUCAGCUGGGCCGAGGGCACUAGCACACGUCUCAUCAGUGGCCAGAGGAGCAAGGUGAACGAGGUGGUCUUCGGCCCCGGGGAGUCCCACUGUGCCACGUGCGGUGAGGACGGGAGUGUGCGGGUGUGGGCCUUGGCCAGCAUGGAGCUUGUGAUCCAGUUCCAGGUGCUGAACCAGAGCUGCCUCUGCCUCGCAUGGAGCCCCCGGUGCUGUGGCCGCCCUGAGCAGCAGCGGCUGGCGGCAGGCUAUGGCGACGGCUCCCUGCGCAUCUUCAGCGUCUCCCGCACGGCCAUGGAGCUCAAGAUGCGUCCCCACCCGGUGGCGCUGACCACUGUCACCUUCUCCACCGAUGGUCAGACUGUCCUCUCUGGAGACAAGGAUGGGCUCGUGGCUGUGAGCCACUCCCGCACAGGGAUGACCUUCCGUGUGCUGAGUGACCACCAGGGCGCCCCGAUCUCUACCAUCUGUGUCACACGCAAAGAGUGUGAAGACUUAGGGGUGGAGGGCACAGACCUAUGGCUGGCUGCCAGUGGGGACCAGCGGGUCAGCGUCUGGGCCUCCGACUGGCUGCGGAACCGCUGUGAGCUCGUGGACUGGUUGAGUUUCCCAAUGCCUGCCACCACGGAGACUCAGGGCCACCUGCCGCCCUCCCUCGCUGCCUUCUGCCCCUGGGAUGGGGCGCUGCUGAUGUAUGUGGGCCCUGGCGUUGAUAAGGAGGUGAUCAUCUACGACCUCUCCCAGAAGCAGGUGGUGGAGAAGAUACCACUGCCCUUUUUUGCCAUGUCCCUGAGCCUGUCCCCGGGGACCCGCCUCCUGGCUCUUGGCUUUGCUGAGUGCAUGCUGAGGCUGGUAGACUAUGCCACGGGGACUGCGCAGGACUUUGCUGGCCACAACAAUGCAGUGCACCUGUGCAGGUUUACACCGUCUGCCAGGCUGCUCUUCACGGCCGCCUGCAACGAGAUCCUGGUGUGGGAGGUCUCCGGCCGCUGAGAUGCAGCAGGGACUAUGGUGCUGCGUGUCACGGCUGGUACCUGGACACACGCUUGGCAGAGAAGCCAGGUGGUCAGUGGCCUCAUGCUGGGACAGGCCAGGAUUCAUGUAAAUCGUCUGGACAAAGCUGUCGUGAAUUUGGCCAUCUGAAAAUACUUUAAUCUGUUGCCCUUUUGCCUAAGCAAUUUUUAAUAUUUCUAUCUUGUAAUAAACAUGGGCAUUUAUUGCA